GCUCCUCCGUUUGUCAGAUGCCAUCAGUCCAGCUCCCAGGUCCCCUCAGUCCUCAUGUCUGCGGUGAGUAUUGUCGAUGUCAGCUAUGUCGCUUUGCCGGCAACGGCCGCGCUGCCGCCGGAGCCGAUCAAGCUCACCGCAAUUGAAUCGCUGUGGCUCACCAUCCCGGUGCUGCAACACGUCCUGUUCUACGAGGCCGCCGGCUUGCCGCCGUUCGAUAGCGUCGUCCAGUCCCUCCGGUCUUCCCUCGGCCUCACGCUGCAGAGCUUCGCCCCCCUCGCCGGCAAGCUCGUCUACCUCGAGGACACCGGUGACGUCGCCAUCGCCUGCUCUGCCUCGGACGGGGUCAAGUUCGUGGCGGCGGAGUGCGACGCCGACGCCCGCCGCCUCGCCGGAGACGAGCUGCACGACCUGAAGACGAUCGAGCGGCUCGUGCCGGAGCUCGACCUGACAAGGCUGCCGGCGUCGGUGCUGGCCGUGCAGGUCACGCGUCUGGAGGGUGGUCUGGCGGUCGGCUUCACGGUUCACCACGGCGUCGUCGAUGGGAAGUCUUUCUGGAUGUUGGUGGAGGCGUGGGCGGCGGCGUGCCGGGGCGAGGCGCCGGCCGCGACACCGUGCUUCGACCGCUCUGCAAUCAAGCUGCAUCUUGACGAGGAGAUGGCCAGGAGCGUCCUGCGGAAGUACACGCCCAAAUUGCCGGAGGUGCCCGAGCUGGACUUGAUCGUAGAAGAACGCGAGCGGUUCACCCGCCGGACGUUCACCGUGGACGCGCAGCAACUCGAACGCCUCAAGCAGCGCAUCGUCCGCGAAGGCGAGGCCCACGGCACGCCACUGCGUCGGCCUCCGUCCACCUUCGUCGCCGUCGUCGCGGUGGCCUGGACGUGCUUCGCCCGGUGCAUGACCGCCGCCGCGGACGACGGAGAAGUAUUCCUUAUGUUCCUCGCCGACCUCCGCGAGCGCCUCAACCCGCCCGUCGACGCGGGGUACUUCGGCACUUGCCUGACCGUGUGCGUCGCGAGACUCCCGGCGCGCGACCUCCACGGCGACGGCGCACUGGCGGCCGCCGCGUCGGCGACCCAGGAGGAGAUCCGCAGGGUGGCGGAGGACCCGCUGGGCCGGUGGGAUUUCAUGACCCUGGCGGGCAGUAUGGCACAGCACAGGGACAAGUUCAUGAACGUGUCAGGAUCGCCGGGGUUCCGGCCGUACGACGUCGCCGACUUCGGGUGGGGGAAGCCGAGGCGGACGGAGCCGAUCAGGAUGAACCACGACGGGCAGGUGGCGCUGGUCCGCGGCAAGGACGGUCACGGGGUGCAGGUCUCUGUCUCCUUGCUCCGAUCUGCACACAUGGACACUUUCAAGUCACAGUUGAUCGAGCUAUUGGAAUGAUUGACGAUGGAUACAUUUGAUCAACUGAACCUGCAUUGCUGAUUCGCUGCACUGCUGCAUCAUAGAGAUAUCCUUUUAUUACUUUUUUUAUUUACCUCACGCAACAAUAAUUGGUUAAAUAAAUAUUAAGAGCAAUUUUAAAGUAGGUAACAGGAGUACCAUAGAAAACAGUGGUACUCCUGGUACCUCCUUAAGGAUAGAAAAAAUGCUCAAAUAUUAAGGGUUGAAUAUAAGCCAUUGUCAUGUAUAAAAUCACGUUUUUCUCUUUUUAUUAUCGUAUUUAUUCCUGUGGCAGCGGAGAGUAUAAAUAUGGUGCCUUUUAGGCUAGUCUCGAUGCUCAGUUUCACUACACAGUUUAUAAAACAGUUAACUUGAUAAAACGAUGUAUGAAAUAGCUAUUCACAGUGCAAUAUUUUAUUACACCAUUUUUAAAGCUAAAUAAAACAUUUAAUUACUGUUGAAAGUUUGACUGUAUGCAGAGAGUGUUUGAUUGUAUGAAAUGCCUCAAGCCCCUCAAUGCAAGUU